AUGCUCCUCCUGUUUGAGACCCCUGCUGGCUAUGCGCUCUUUAAAGUUAAAGACGAAGGGAUCCUCGAAAAUGUGGAGAAAGCUUUCAGCUCAUCUGAGAAGGCGCAAAAUAUCGUUUCCCUCGCGGCAUUCUCGAAAUUCGACAAUACGUCUGACGCUCUCGCAGCCACGGCAGCCAUGGUCGACUCAAAGAUUGGCAAGGACCUGAAAAAGUUUCUCAAAAAGCAUGCCAUCGGUGAGACGCUCGCCCUGGCAGAUGCCAAGCUUGGCGGUCUCAUCAAGGAUAAGUUAGGCAUUUCGUGCAUAUCUAACUCUGGCAUCAUGGAGCUGAUGCGCGGCGUACGUCGCCAAGUAAAUGAACUUAUUGGUGGCUUGACUGAUGCUGACGUUGCUCCGAUGGCACUGGGCCUCUCUCACUCUCUGUCCCGCUACAAGCUGAAAUUUUCCCCGGACAAGGUAGAUACGAUGGUUGUUCAAGCGAUUGGUCUGCUUGACGAGCUUGACAAAGAAUUGAACACGUACGCAAUGCGUGUUAGGGAGUGGUACGGGUGGCAUUUUCCUGAGCUCACCAAGAUAAUCCAAGACAACAUGUUGUAUGCCAAGGUCGUGGUACAAAUGGGGGAUCGUGCAACGGCUGCUCAGCAUGACUUAUCAUCUACAGGGCUUGACGAGGAUGUCGAACAAGAACUCAAAGAUGCUGCUAUAAUCUCAAUGGGCACGGAAAUCUCCCACGACGAUCUUUACAACAUCCAACAACUUGCUGAACAGGUCAUCUCUUUAUCUGAAUAUCGCAUCCAACUUUUUGAUUAUCUGAAAAGCCGCAUGCAUGCAAUCGCCCCUAAUCUUACUGUGCUCGUUGGUGAGCUAGUUGGCGCUCGGCUCAUCUCUCACGCCGGAUCCCUGAUCAACCUUGCGAAGCAUCCCGCGAGCACUGUACAGAUUUUAGGCGCGGAGAAAGCACUGUUCCGUGCACUGAAAACUAAGCACGAGACACCGAAAUAUGGUUUGAUAUAUCACGCAUCACUGAUUGGUCAAGCAGCGCCAAAGUUCAAGGGCAAAAUUUCACGCGUGCUCGCCGCUAAAUGUGCCCUUUCUAUACGCGUGGACGCACUUGGUGAAUCGAGUGAGGCAUCAAUCGGUAUUGACAGCCGCGAGAAAGUUGAGGCAAGGUUAAGACAACUCGAAGGGAAGACACUCGGUGAUGCAAGCGGGGUCGCUUCUCUCAAAGAAACAACGAAAAAGUCUGGAAACAUUUGCGCCGAGAAGCACACCGCCGCAAUACUAUCGUCUCCAAAGACAUACAACCCUGAUGCGGAUGCAAAGCAGAAGAGUGAGAAGAAGAAAAGGCGGGAAAAAGCAGACCCAGUGGAAAAAACUGUCAAAAAACAACGGAAAGAAAAGAAGGAGAAGCGCUGAAUAUCGAAUGUGCGUUUCUGCUGAUCUGCACAACUAAACUGCUGCCCCGUUUUUGAAGUUAAUCUUCGAUGUAGCAUGUCGUGAUCUUUUGCGGACAUCUGGUUGUGUUUUAUACAUGCAAACGAUGUUUCAACGUGUGAUAUCAAGAUUCAUCUUUGCCUCGUUGGCCUCCUUCAUGACAUCGACGCGAUAAAAUCCAGCUAAACAGGCGACUAUUUCUUGAUCCACAACAGAAAACGAGGCGGAUCCAUCAUUCGAUAGUGAUGGAUGGGUUUCGACCAAAAAAAAUGUUGAAGCAUUGAAAGCACCACCAGGACGAGAGCGCGCGAUUUUCAGUGAAAAUCUCUGUGAAGAACUAGAAAUAAUAGAUUUAUGUUUGCCCUCGGGCCGCCACGUGAUCUUAUG